CUAAAGGCUUUAGCUUAGCUAAACGGACCAAAUAUAGACAUUUCAAAAGGACAGAAACUUAAAAAAAUAUAUAUUUAGACUUCAUACAGUCGCUAGAGAUGUUGCCACAUAAAGAUGUUACAUUUCCACCUUUAACGCCGUCAAAAACACAAAGACUGACAUUUGACCAGAGACUACAAUAUGACGUUAUCCAGACAUCAGAGGAAGGACAAGAAGAAAAGGCUGGAGCUGUUUCUGUCCAACCUGCUGUGAGAAAGUGCUGGACAGGUAGCAGUUACAUGUAUGCCGGCCCAGGGAGGAAGCCUCAGCUCCUGAAGCAGCUGGAGAGCUACGUUCACAAGGAGCUGCAGAUUAUCAGCUCGCCUGAGCCUCAGUUUCAGGAACAGAGACUACAGGUCUACCGAGAUGCCUUUGGUUGUUUCAUCAAAGAGUUCAAAACCUACCAACCCCUUCUUUCUGCCAUCAAGAGGGAAUAUGAAAACACUUUAGCAUAUCAGCAGGAUCAAAUCAGAGAACUGGAGCCGCUGCGGUCCCAUGUGAGGUUGGUGACAGAGGAGUGUGAGAGGAAGAUCCAAGCUCGCUGGGAAGAGGAGCGGAGUGAGAUCAGAGCUCUGAAAACGGAGAAGCAUCAACUUCAGAGGGUCAUAGAGGCCAUGAAGGAGAAGGAAACAGCCACACAGGCAGUGGUGGAGCGUCUGCAGUCUGAUCUCUCAGCUCAGUAUCUGCAGUACCGGGAGCAGCGUGAUGCCCGCCAGCUGCUGAUCUGGCAGAUCAACGACCUCACAAGAGGCUCUGUGGAGGAGGAGCAUCCAGCAGAUGGAAACUCAGAUGCUAGGGACCCAGUGCAGCUGCAGCUCUCUCUGAAGGUGUGCCGGAGAGACCUGACCACAGCUCAGGAGGAGCUCACCAGGAUGAAGGCAGAGUACUGGGACGUGGUGCCGAGGCGCAACUGGGACGCCCUGGAACAAACACACCAACAGAACCUCUCAAAGAUGCAAACGCUGCAGAGUGACUUUGAUCAGCUGAAGAGAGAGCAUGACAUCCUGCUGGAGCUCCACAAAGAAGGCAGCAUGCAGAACAAGACUAAUGAGCCCAGCACCCAGCAGAAGGAUGAGAGUGUAUCUCAAGAGCAAAACCAGGUUGAGUCCGACCACCUGAGCGACCUGAUCGACUCUGAGUCCCCUGAGAAGAGCACGCUCACUGUCCAGGAGUUUAGGAUGGCCCUGAGGACAGCGUUCCCUCUGAAGUCAGAUGAGGAAAUAAAUGAACUUGUGACCUCGGCUCAGAGCGAUCCAGAUGGCAGCGAUGACUCCAUCUCCUCUCAGAGACUCCACAGCCUGCUAGCAGAAAGUGUGGAAGCCGGACCUCCAGCUCUCGAAGAAUCAGAAGGACAAGCUGCAGAAAAUCCCGUUCAAGCCACCGACUGAUUUCAAGUUUUAUAGAAGUAUUCAUUAGAUUUUUUGGUAUUCAAGAAAGUGACCCGGUUUGCCUGAUUUAGGACAUUAGAUUAUUGUCACAGAUUAUUGAUUGUCCCCAAAACCCUUUUUUCUACAAUUCCUGAUUUCUAAAUAAAUAUACUAACUUAAAAAAAACAAUGACAUUGUUGCCAUUGUAGAGAUCUCAAAAUCUAGAAAUAUUAUGUGACAAAAUGUUUUGUGAUUUAAAUAUUUUGUUAUUAUUAUCAUGUGUGUAGAAUGGGUUAAUAUUCUGCCAAAUGCAAUUUA